CGGUAUUUGUCUUCCCCCAGAACCAAAACACGGAAGUAGUAGAAAAACGUGAAGCGGUGGCUGUUUUAACAUACACAUACCGUGAAAUAAUAAUAUCCUGCAGUACGUGUUGUAUUAGGUGGAUAUCCUGCAGUGGAUAUUAUAAAUCAGCGGUUUUCUGCAUGUUCUUUGUGAAACAGUGGGAAGAUGAAGUGGUUCCGAUAUCCAGCUCGGCACGGUUAUGCGGUGGAAAUGUCCCCGUUUCUUCCCAACUCACUGGCCUGUGCAACAGCUCAGUAUUUCGGCAUAGCAGGAUGUGGAGCGCUGCUAGUCCUGGAGCAGAGGGAGUCGGAUAUUGUGCUCAUUAGAAGCUUCGACUGGAACGAUGGGCUUUUUGACGUGACGUGGAGCGAGAACAAUGAGCAUGUGCUGGUGACCGGAGCCGGUGAUGGCUCGCUGCAGAUUUGGGACACCGCCAACCCACAAGGUCCUAUCAGAGUGCUGAAGGAGCAUACUCAAGAGGUGUAUGCAGUAGAUUGGAGCCAGACACGGAGCGAGAACCUGGUAGUAUCAGGAUCCUGGGAUCACACAGCCAAAGUGUGGGACCCAGAGUGUCCUCAGUCCUUGUGCACACUUCAGGGUCAUGAGGGAGUUGUAUACAGCACCAUCUGGUCUCCACACAUCCCAGCCUGCUUCGCUUCAACUUCAGGAGAUGGCACGCUAAGAGUUUGGGACGUGAAAGCCGGCUCGUGUCGACUAGCAAUUCCCGCACACAAAGCCGAGAUCCUUAGCUGCGAUUGGUGCAAAUAUGAUCAGAAUGUGUUGGCGACGGGAGCCGUCGACUGCAGCGUGUGUGUUUGGGAUCUGCGCAACGUCCGCCAGCCUGUAACUCAAAUGGCGGGCCAUUCCUACGCCAUCCGGAGAGUAAAGUUCUCACCAUUUUGCAAGACCGUGUUGGCAUCCUGCUCCUACGACUUCACAGUCAGGAUCUGGGAUUUCUCCAGGACUCCGCCGCUGCUCGACACCAUGGAGCAUCACUCCGAGUUCGUGUGUGGCCUGGACUUUAACCUGCACAUCCCCAACCAGGUCGUGGACUGUUCCUGGGAUGAGACAGUAAAAAUCUACACCCCUCCAUGUCUGACCGCUGUGCAACCCAGCUCGACGUAAAGACACAGUGUGAAACAGACUUGAGGAAAGUUCCUGAGAAGUUGUGAAGUGGAGAGCGCUUAGCCAAAUUUUUUCAGAGUGAACCUGAAACCUGGUCUUGAAGUCAGUGUAGAAAUCUGAGGGCGGCGUAAAAUUCCUCCAAAUAGACACUAAAUUGCUUCACAUCUUGCUUUAUAGUCCUUGAUGAAGGUUAAUGGUGGUUGAUGCAAAGCUGGAUGAGAUCAAGCUGGCUUCUUUGAGGUGAUGCACAUACGAUGUCUUGGCUGCUAAUGACUGAUCUGUGACAGAAGUGUCUUUUAAGUGAUUAAUCCAAAUUAAAUUGACAAUGAUAGGUAAAAAAUUUUUGUAAAUAUAGUGGAUAUUCAUUAUACUAAUGUACCUUUUAAAUUUGGACAUUUUUCUAUUACACAUACUUACAAAACCUACAGAUUUUCUUGAACUGUUUCUUUUUCCUCAGUCAUAAGUAAAUUUAUAGCAUUUUGGAGCAUGGCGGAGAUUUUGACAGCUUCUGUCUGAGUACGAAUCAUGCUAGAUAAGCUCAUGUCUGUUUGCGCUGUGGUACGUAUCUUCUCACUAUGUGAGAAAAUCGCAAAGGUUUAUACAUCUGGCAAGAUGUUUUUACCACAGGUUUCCAUGUAGAAGUUCACAAAACAGAGUUAGUAUGAGCCCUUAACAGGAAGAACACAUAGAACUCGAAUUUUUUACAUUGGAAACCUAGACUAGAGCACAUUUUCAUUAAUUGUCUACCGCAACAAUGCGGGCGAUGGUCCUGUAUUAGGAGGUUAAUUUGUUUGCUCAAAUUCAGGGCGUCUAGCAGGUUUUCUUCAACCAUCACGCACUUAUAAAUCAUAUGUAUGUAUUGGCUUUAAUGUAAAAAAUGGUUUAUUUCUAACAGAUGAAAAUUUAUGGGUCUUUAACGAAAAUAAAAAUAAAUAAAUAAAUACA